AUGCACGUGGUGAUAGUCCUGGAGGUGCUUUGUGCACUGGUUUUGUGGCAUCUGCGCCUCUCCGGGGGGGGGAUUCCAACGGGUUUUCGUGUGCCCGACACCAUCAGCAGCAUCGCCACGCUACCUCUCGUGGUGCGGUGGGGCCGCGUUAGCCAAGGAGCGGUACAAGCCAGCAAUGCCCACCACCGCGAGACGCCCAGGGAUCUGGUUGAGGAUGGCCACGGCAUUGUCCUGCAAGUGGCACCUGAGGAGUCGAACCCUCACCCGGUUCUUCGGCGACGUCGUCGAACCGAAGUGAAGCGGAUCUUAGACUCCUCGAGUCGGACCUCGAGUCGGUUGUCAUGA